CAUGGUAAAAUCCUGUGAUUUUUCCUAUAUGUAUAAAUAAUGAACGCGUCAAAUUAAAACAGUGUAUUUCUGAACGAAAAUAAAAUGGAACUGAGUCUGCUGUCAUUGUCAUAAAAUGUCAAAUUCAAAUCGAUGUAUUGAUAUGUUUUGAUAUCAAGUUUAAACUAUUAUUAUUUCUUCUCAUCGCGAUUUGUAAUUAUAAAUUAAAAUAUUGCAAUUAAACUUGAAAUAUUGAUAGAAAACAAUAAUUAGAUAUUUAAAAUACUAAAUAUGACCAUUCUGAUCGUCUGAACGGUGCCAAAUACUGUAAAUAAGGAUAAAAAUGAAAACCCCAGUGGUGUUGAGUUUGUCCAUUUUUGUCACUGCUAUUAUUGGUGAUUAUAUUGUUUCGAAUACAAAAUUUUCACAAUCACUAGUGUUCAGAGCUUGCGCCGACAGUGCUGUGCACGCAACCAUAGGUUUACUGUCGUCAAUACUAUUUUUCACCCACGAAAAUGUAAAGGACACAAUGUACUUUUUUAACAUUGCUUUUUGCACUUUCCUCUCGUCUUUCAUUGAUAUUGAUCAUUUGUUUGUUGCCGGAUCUUUGCAGUGGAAGGACCUAACAAACCUCAGCCAUCGAGGAAUUCUCCACUGCACUACGUUUUGGCUGGCGAUCACUAUAAUCCUUCUAUUAUACAGUUAUAUGUAUAAAAAAAUAAAUAUAUACAUUCUGACUUGGAUGCUGACCAUAGCCUACACCAGCCAUCACAUCAGGGAUGGCAACCGACGUGGUCUUUGGUUAUACCCAUAUGGCCACACGCAACCAUUGCACAAACAUCUGUAUCUCUUCGUGAUAAGUGUUUUACCCAAUUUUUUAAUUAUAUUAUCCAAUUAUUGGAAACCAAGCUUAUAUAAUAAACACGCUGUUAUAGAUUAUAAGUCACUCGUGUAAAGUUAUAGUUUAUAUAUUUAUAUCAUUAUGAAAUAAUAAACAUUUUUAAUUAUAGUUAGGGAGCUAUCUAUAAAUUAGAUAACAUUUUUUUUAAAUUUAUUUAUUUAUUAGAAGCUUACAAUUUAAUACAUUAAUCAACAGUACAUAUCUAGAGAAAGCCAAUAACAGGUUUUAUACCCAUCUACUCCCACUCUUAUAAUA